AUGCAAUGUUAUACCGAGCUGCUGCCCCCUUCAGGGGUAACGCAUGCUCUGUCCGUUCCUUUCCUGUCGGCAACAUCCAACAAUCUGAUAGUGGCAAAAACUACCCUCCUCCAGGUGUUUAAUCUGGUUAAUGUUGUCUACGGAUCUGGUCCUGGCCAGCCAGAUGAGAAAACUCGAUCACAGUACACCAAAUUAGUGCUGGUGGCUGAAUAUGCUCUCUCAGGUACCAUUACAGAUUUGGGUCGAGUGAAAAUACUUGACUCCAAAAGCGGUGGAGAAGCUGUUCUUGUCGCAACCCGUAACGCCAAACUUAGUCUCAUUGAAUGGGAUCCUGAAAGACAUCAGAUUUCUACGACUUCCAUUCAUUAUUACGAGCGGGAUGAUGUAAACAUAAGCCCUUGGACGCCGAAUCUUGCCAGCUGUCCCAGUUAUUUGACAGUUGAUCCGAACAGCAGAUGCGCGGUACUCAAUUUUGGCAAAAAGAACUUGGCUAUUUUGCCAUUCCACCAGGUGGGCGAUGACCUGGUUAUGGACGACUUCGAUUCGGAUGUUGAAGAACAGCAUAGGAAUAUCAAUCAAACGGCGGAAGAGACGGACGAGGCAAAUAAGUCCAAUGGACCAGUAUUCCAAACUCCCUUCUCAAUGGCUGAUCAAUCUGAUUUGGAAAUGCGCUUGGAAGAUUCUAUUGUGGAACAGUUAGGAGCGGAAAAUGGCGAUAUGUUAUUGGUAUUACUCAAUGGCAAAAUGGCGGUACUCAGUUUCAAACUUGACGGGCGAUCGGUAUCUGGAAUAUCUCUGAGGCCGGUCCCAGACCAGGCAGGCAGCUCUCUCUUAAAGGCGAAGCCGUCUUGCUCUGUUCCAGUUAGCAGAGGCAAAAUCUUUUUCGGCAGUGAGGAAGGUGACUCUGUAUUGAUGGGAUGGUCACGUCCAUCUGCUAGAACGAAGGAUCCACGAGCACAACGAACGGGCGAGGGCAACAUCGCCCAGCUCUCUGACGAGGACGACGACGAGGAGGAAGAUGAUGAUGACGAUGAUGCAUAUGAGGAUGACCUAUAUGCGACCCCGAUGACAACAGGAAUUAAAGCCCGAGAUUAUGUAUCCGUGAACGGCACAGGCCUCAACGAUUAUAUUUUUCGAAUCCAUGAUCGCCUGUGGAAUCUAGGUCCAAUGAGAGACCUGACCUUAGGACGACCCCCUGGCCCGCGAGAUAAGGAUAAACGCCAGCCUGUCUCCAGCAUACUAGCAAAUCUAGAGCUUGUCACGACCCAGGGAUAUGGCAAAGCUGGCGGUCUUGCAAUUCUCAGGCGCGAAAUAGAUCCUUUUGUCAUCGAUUCAUUGAUGAUCAAAGACACGGAUGGCGCACGGUCUGUGUAUGUUAAAGACCCUAAGCUGCCUUCUCAAAGUGGGUCUCUUCCAUUGAAUCCUGGUAGCAACUAUGACCACUACCUCCUGUUAUCCAAGUCCAAAGGCUUGGACAAGGAGAAAUCAGUUGUGUACAGAAUGAGCAGUGGAGGGCUAGAAGAGACCAAGGCGCCUGAAUUCAACCCAAAUGAAGACCGCACUAUUGACAUUGGAACACUUGCUAGCGGGACCAGAGUGGUGCAAGUUCUCAAAGGUGAAGUACGGAGCUAUGAUAGUGGCCUUGGGCUCGCUCAAAUAUUCCCUGUGUGGGAUGAAGAUAUGAGCGAAGAAAAAUCCGUCGUUCAUACAAGUUUUGCCGACCCCUAUGUUCUGAUAAUCCGCGACGACCAAUCGAUACUGCUCCUUCAAGCGGAUGAUUCUGGUGACUUGGAUGAGGCAGAAACCGAUGGUAUCAUUAAUUCAACAACAUGGAUUUCAGGAUCGCUUUACCAAGAUAAAUAUCGAUCUUUCAAGUCACAUGAAGGGCCGCCCAACAUGAAACAAUCGGAUAACGUCCUUUUAUUCCUCCUUAGCUCUGAAUCAAAACUCUACGUAUUCCACCUUCCGAACGCGAGGGAGCCAGUGUUUACUACGGAAAGUAUUGAUCUAUUGCCCCAAAUACUUUCAACAGAACCUCCCCCAAGACGAGUAACCUACCGCGAGACCAUAACGGAGUUACUCGUUGCGGAUCUAGGCGAUUCUGUUAGCAGAUCCCCUUACUUAAUCUUGCGAUCCAGCAAUAGUGACCUCAUCUUAUACGAGCCAUACCAUUACACCUCUUCCACUGAAAGGCAAUUCUCUGGUUUGCGGUUUGUGAAGAUCGCCAAUCAUCAUUUUCCCAAAUCCCAUUCCGAAUCAAAUGCGGGGAAACAUCCUGCGAACUGCACCGCGAUAUCGAAGCCACUGCGUGUCUUAGGGGAUGUUUGCGGCUAUCGAACAGUGUUUAUGCCUGGUAAUUCUCCUUGCUUCAUAAUAAAAUCUUCCACAAGCAUUCCACAUGUUAUGAACCUCAGGGGGAAAACAGUCCAUUCUCUAAGCAGCUUUAAUAUACCUGCAUGUGAGAAAGGGUUCGUCUAUGUCGAUACCGAUAAUGUUGUGCGGAUGUGCCGAUUUCCUAGGAACACUCAUUUUGACGGCUCCUGGGCUGCACGAAAAAUUGGUCUCGGUGAACAAGUGGAUGCCGUUGAAUAUUCCUCCUCAUCCGAAACAUACGUCAUCGGAACCAACCAAAAAGUCGACUUCAAUCUACCAGAAGACGAUGAAAUCCAUCCUGAAUGGCGAAACGAAGUGAUAUCCUUCCUCCCCCAGAUCGACAAAGGGAGUGUUAAACUGCUAACCCCAAGGACAUGGUCUAUUAUUGAUAGUUAUAACUUGCGAACUGCGGAGCGUAUAAUGUGUGUCAAAUGUUUAAACCUUGAGGUGUCCGAAAUUACACAUGAACGUAAGGAUACGAUCGUAGUAGGUACAGCACUCACGAAAGGAGAGGAUAUUGCCGCCCGUGGUUGUAUCUAUAUUUUCGAGGUCAUCGAGGUCGUUCCCGAGGUUGACCGACCAGAGACCAACAGGAAGCUCAAGUUGAUCGCCAAGGAGGAAGUUAAGGGAGCUGUGACAUCUCUCUCUGGAAUUGGUGGUCAAGGGUCUUUGAUUGCCGCUCAAGGCCAGAAAUGCAUAGUCAGAGGCCUCAAAGAGGAUGGGAGCCUUCUCCCGGUGGCGUUCAUGGAUAUGCAAUGCUAUGUUAACGUGCUUAAAGAGCUCAAGGGUACGGGCAUGUGCAUCAUGGGAGACGCCUUGAAGGGCCUUUGGUUUGCGGGGUAUUCCGAGGAGCCAUACAAACUGUCUCUUUUCAGCAAGGAUGACGGUACCCUCCAAGUGAUGGCCGCUGACUUCCUUCCUGAUGGAAAUCGCCUGUAUAUACUGGUCGCUGAUGAUGACUGUAACAUACAUGUUUUGCAGUAUGACCCUGAAGAUCCUGGUUCUUCCAAAGGCGACAGGUUACUGCACCGCAGCACAUUCCAAACAGGCCAUUUUGCUUCAACCAUGACCUUACUCCCUCGAACAGCAACUUCAUCAUCACAAAGACCAGACGCCGACCCGGACAUGAUGGAUCUUGACUCCUCUGGGCCUCUUCAUCACGUCCUUGUGACAUCCGAAACCGGGUCUAUCGCACUCAUCACUCCAGUUUCUGAAACGUCAUAUCGACGCCUCUCAGCGUUGCAAUCCCAGUUGACCAAUACGCUCGAACAUCCUUGUGGACUUAAUCCUCGCGCAUUUCGAGCUGUUGAGAGCGACGGGAUUGGUGGACGAGGUAUGGUUGAUGGUGACCUGGUGAAAAGAUGGCUUGAUUUGGGCACUCAGCGAAAGGCGGAGAUUGCAAAUAGAGUGGGCGCAGAUGUAUGGGAAAUUCGUGCUGAUCUGGAGGCAAUUGGGAAGGGAGGGUUGGGAUAUUUGUAA